AAUGCACAUGAUAAUUAAUUUAUUCACAUAAAAUUUGACCGGUCCUUCAGUCUUCAUUUAACCAUCAACAGGAAAAAAAGAUUACAGUUUUCAUUAUUCCUGCCUAUUGUUAAAAUCUGUCAGAUUUCAGAAAACUAGGUGUUAAAUUUCAGGUGUUAAAUUCAGCUCAUCUGUUUUGACGCUGAGUUCUCAGUACAUCCUCUCUGUUCUCAGGUGGGUUUCUAAACUCGGCACAUCCCAGUCUGAUAUAGUCUGAUCUCAAAAUAGUUUAUAAAUUCAGCAAUAUGCUAUUUUGAUUGUGUCUGGUUUAAAAUGAGCUUUUACAUUUGAGGACACAAUGCUGUCUGAUCUCAGAUGAGUGCUUAAAUUCAGCACAUGCUCCUGUCUGAUCUAAGAAAUCCCUGUCUGAUAAAUAUCUGCUUCUAUAAGUUCAACUGUUGCACUACAACCUGUAUAUGCUGUCUGAUCUCAGAAGGGUGUAUAAACUCAGCUCAGCCUGAGUUCAUUAGUGCAACUGGUCUGUUCUAAGGUGGCUUUAUAUUAUAAAUUCAAAACAUUCCAGUCUGCUUCAGUCUGAUCUCAGAUGUUUUUAAAUUCAGCGACCAUGCUGUUCUGAUUCUAUCUGGUCUUAAAAGAUUUCAUACAUUCAAGACAAUGCCAUUUGAUCUCAAAUGAGUUUAUAAAUUUAGUGCAAGAUCCAUUCUAAGAUCAGUUCUCUUUCUGGUGCUGUCUGAUCUCAGAUAAGUUUACAAAUUUUCGUGGAUGACACUGGCUCAUUUCAGACAAGUUUAUAAAUUCAGUUCAAGAUGCUGUCUGAUCUCAAAUGUUUAUAAACUGCAUUCAUGAUGCAGCCUGGUUUCAGAUAACUAAAAUUAUCUCACAUAACUCUGAUCUUGGAUCAGUUUACAGAUUCUAGCACAUGAUCCUGGCUCAUCUCAAAAGAGUUUAUAAAUUCAGCUCAAGAUGCUGUCUGAUCAUAAAUUAGUUUAUAAAUUUUGGUUCUGAUGCCACCUUGUUUUAAAUAACUAGAAAAACAAAGCUGUUUAAUCUCAGAUGAAUGUAUACAUUUAGCGCAAGAUCACGUCUGAUCUCAUAUGGUUUUCCCACAUCUGUCUUAUUUUCAUUAUUCUUAUUCUCAGAUCAGUUCUGUUUCUGAUGCUGUCUGAUCUCGGAUUGAUUUACAAAUUGUAGUGCACGAUGCUGGCUCAUCUCAGAUGAGUUUAGAAAUUCAGUUUAAGAUGCUGUCUGAUCUCAAAUGAGUUUAAAAAUUGUGGUCAUGAUGCCAUCUGGUUUCAAAUAACUUGAACACAAUGCUGUCUGACCUCAGAUCAAUUCUGUUUCUGAUACUAUCUGAUCUCAAAUCAUUUUACAAAUUUUAGUGCAUGCCGCUGGCUCAUCUCAGAUGAGUUUAUAAAUUCAGCUCAAGAUGCUGUCUGAUCUCAGAUGAGUUUAUAAAUUUAGUGAGUGAGAUCUCAUAAGGGUUUCCAACAUCUGUCCUACGUUAUUUGAUCCCAGCUCAGCUCUGUUUCUGAUGCUGUCUGAUCUCAGAUCAAUUUAGAAAUUCUAGUGCAUGAUGCUGGCACAUCUCAGACGAAUGUAUAAAUUCAGCUCAAGAUGCUGUCUGAUCUCAAAUGAGUUUACAAAUUUAGCGCAUGAUCUUGUCUGAUCUCAAGGUUUUCCCACAUCGUUCUUAUGUUAUUUGAUCUCAGUUCUGUUUCUGGUGUUAUCUGAUCUCAGAUCAAUUUACAAAUUCUCAGAUGACGCUGGCUCAUCUCAGAUGAGUUUAUAAAUUCAGCUCAAGAUGCUGUCUGAUCUCAAAUAAGUUUUAAAUUUAGCGUGUGAUCCUGUCUGAGCUCAUAAGGGUUUCCCACAUCUGUCUUAUGUUAUUUGAUUGUGGUUGUGAUGCCACCUAGUUUCAAAUAACUAAUACAGUGCUGUCUGAUCUCAGGUGAGUUUGCAAAUUUAGGGCAUGAUCCUGUCUGAUCUCAUAAGGGUUUCCCCUGUCAUAAGUUAUUUGAUCUCAGAUCUAUUCUGUUUCUGACACUAUCUGAUCUCAUAUCAAUUUACAAAUUCUAGUGCACGAUGCUGGCACAUCUCAGACGAGUUUAUAAAUUCAGCUCAAGAUGUUUGAUCUCAAAUGAGUUUUAAAUUUAGCGUGUAAUCCUGUCUGAGUUUAUAAGGGUUUUCCACAUCUGUCUUAUGUUAUUUGAUCUCAGAUCAAUUCUGUUUCUGAUACUAUCUGAUCUCACGUCAAUUUACAAUUCUAGUGCAUGAUGCUGACACAUCUCAGACGAAUGUAUAAAUUCAGCUCAAGAUGCUGUCUGAUCUCAAAUGAGUUUAUAAAUUUAGCGCAUGAUCUUGUCUGAUCUCAAGGUUUUCCCACGUCUGUCUUAUGUUAUUUGAUCUCAGUUCUGUUUCUGGUGUUAUCUGAUCUCAGAUCAAUUUACAAAUUCUCAUUGAUGACGUUGGCUCAUCUCAGAUGAGUUUAUAAAUUCAGCUCAAGAUGCUGUCUGAUCUCAAAUGAUGCCGUCUGGGUUCACAUAACUAGAAUACAAUGCUGUCUGAUCUCAAAGGUUUAUGAAUUCACAACAGUCUUGUUUUUUGUUUCGGAUGCUGUGGUCAUAAUGCAGUUGGAUUUCAGAACAUGUUUCUAUAUGAUCUCACAAGAGUUUAUAAAUUCUGUAUAUGCUGUCUGAUCUCAAGUUAAGUACAUCAUGCAGUCUAAAGUUAAAUGAGUUUAUAAAUUCGCCAACACAUCAUGCUGACUCUGUCUGAUCUUACAUCCACAACCCAAUGCUGUCUGAUCUCAGAUGAGUUUACAAAUUCAGCGCGUGAUCUUGUCUGAUCUCAAGGUUUUCCCACAUCUGUCUUAUGUUAUUUAAUCUCAGAUCAUUUCUGUUUCUGAUACUAUCUGAUCUCACAUCAAUUUACAAUUCUAGUGCAUGAUGCUGACACAUCUCAGACGAAUGUAUAAAUUCAGCUCAAGAUGCUGUCUGAUCUCAAAUGAGUUUAUAAAUUUGGUGCAUGAUCUUGUCUGAUAUCAAGGUUUUCCCACGUCUGUCUUAGGUUAUUUGACCUCAGUUCUGUUUCUGGUGUUAUCUAAUUUACAAAUUCUCAUAGAUGAUGGAGUUUAUAAAUUCAGCUCAAGAUGCUGUCUGAUCUCAAAUGAUGCCGUCUGGGUUCACAUAACUAGAAUACAAUGCUGUCUGAUCUCAAAGGUUUGUGAAUUCACAACCGUCUUGUUUUUUGUUUCGGAUGCUGUGGUCAUAAUGCUGUUGGAUUUCAGAACAUGUUUCUAUAUGAUCUCACAAGAGUUUAUAAAUUCUGUAUAUGCUGUCUGAUCUCAAGUUAAGUACAUCAUGCAGUCUAAAGUUAAAUGAGUUUAUAAAUUCGCCAACAUGUCAAUGAUUCUGUCUGAUCUUACAUCCACAACCCAAUGCUGUCUGAUCUCAGAUGAGAUCUAUAAAUUCAGCACAUGAUCCUGUCUGAUCUCAGAGGGAUUUAUGAAUUCACAACAUCCCUGAUUUAAUUUAAUGUCAGAUAAAUACCUGUUUCUGAUGCUGUCUGACCUCAGUUAAGUUUAAAAAUUCUGGAUGAUGCUCUGAUCUUAGAUGAGUUUACAAAUUUAGCACGUGAUCUUGUCUGAUCUCAAGGUUUUCCCACGUCUGUCUUAUGUUAUUUGAGCUCAGUAUUGUUUCUGGUGUUAUCUGAUCUCAGAUCAAUUUACAAAUUCUCAUAGAUGAUGUUGGCUCAUCUCAGAUGAGUUUAUAAAUUCAGCUCAAGAUGCUGUCUGAUCUCAAAUGAGUUUAUAAAUUUGGCGCAUGAUCUUGUCUGAUCUCAAGGUUUUCCCACAUCUGUCUUAUGUUAUUUAAUCUCAGAUCAUUUCUGUUUCUGAAACUAUCUGAUCUCACAUCAAUUUACAAUUCUAGUGCAUGAUGCUGACACAUCUCAGACGAAUGUAUAAAUUCAGCUCAAGAUGCUGUCUGAUCUCAAAUGAGUUUAUAAAUUUAGCGCAUGAUCUUGUCUGAUAUCAAGGUUUUCCCACAUCUGUCUUAUGUUAUUUAAUCUCAGUUCUGUUUCUGGUGUUAUCUGAUCUCAGAUCAAUUUACAAAUUCUCAUUGAUGACGUUGGCUCAUCUCAGAUGAGUUUAUAAAUUCAGCUCAAGAUGCUGUCUGAUCUCAAAUGAUGCCGUCUGGGUUCACAUAACUAGAAUACAAUGCUGUCUGAUCUCAAAGGUUUGUGAAUUCACAACCGUCUUGUUUUUUUGUUUCGGAUGCUGUGGUCAUAAUGCAGUUGGAUUUCAGAACAUGUUUCUAUAUGAUCUCACAAGAGUUUAUAAAUUCUGUAUAUGCUGUCUGAUCUCAAGUUAAGUACAUCAUGCAGUCUGAAGUUAAAUGAGUUUGUAAAUUCGCCAACAUGUCAAUGAUUCUGUCUGAUCUUACAUCCACAACCCAAUGCUGUCUGAUCUCAGAUGAGAUCUAUAAAUUCAGCACAUGAUCCUGUCUGAUCUCAGAGGGAUUUAUGAAUUCACAACAUCCCUGAUUUAAUUUAAUGUCAGAUAAAUACCUGUUUCUGAUGCUGUCUGACCUCAGAUAAGUUUAAAAAUUCUGCACGAUGCUCUGAUCUCAGACGAGUUUAUAAAUUGAGGUCUUAUGCACUCAAUUUCAGAUAAGUGUAGUUUAUAAAUUGUCCAAAUAUAAUAUUUCUAAUAAUAAUUCUAAAAAUUAAGCAUCUCAGCUGCAUUUAAGAAUUGUAAUUAUGAUGCAGUCUUCAGUUAUUAAAUUCAGCAUGUGCUGUUGUCUGAUCUCAGUUGAGUUUAUAUAUUCUGUACAUGCUGCUGUCUGAUGUCAGAUGAGUUACAUUCAGCCUCCAUACUGAAGGCGCAUGAGGAGAGUAUCCGCACAGCCAAGCCUGCAUCCGAUGCAUUUUUCACUUGAACAUGGAUGGAAAUUAGGCCUCCGCUCGCUUUCUGCGGUGGGUUAUCUGCAGUUUCCCACCGCUUCGUUACAGCCCGGUCGGAAUAUAAUGGAAAGGAGUCCUUUUCCCUAUCAGGGGAUAGUGAGAACAUCAUGUGUCAGCGAGCUCCAGCAGCACUAGCCCGAUGAUGAGGAUGUUGGGAAGCUAUCUGCUAACGCAAGGAUGCUUUACUGCAAAUAAACCUCUAACUCAUCCACGCUCUCGAUUUUACCUCAUUUAACGGAACGUCGGCCGUUUUAAACCGAUCCAUUUUCAAUCAUUUUGGCGUUCAAGAGGCUAUUUUAUAAAGACUUGCAGAAUUUUUUUGACUUAGCUUCGCUAGCUAAGCAGCUGUUGGCUUGACUGUCAGUGGAUAUUUUCAGCAAAACGGAGGGAUUUACAGCAAAAUAACAAGAGUGUAAAUGAGACAUCUGGAGUCCUGAGGGAAUGAAUUCACUGAGCAGAUUAAAUGACACGUUUUGUCAAAUGAAAUGAACGGUCCGUAAAUAAACGGUUGUGUAUCUGUUUAGAUGCAAAGGUGGCUGCUGCCCAACAAACCUAUUCGGCGACCAAAAAUAAACCUCGGCCACGUAAAUAUAACUAAACAGCUGAAAACUUCAAUCCAACAUCACUGAAAUGGCUGAAGAGGCGUUUCCUUUACAUUAUCUUGUGUGGAACAAUCAAUAUCUAGAACUGGACCGAGAGCUACAGAAAAAUGAGCAUGACAUGGAGCGGCUGGAUCCGCGCGGGCGCUCGCCGCUCGAGCUGUCAGUGUGUCUCGGGCACCUGGAGUCCACACGAGUCUUACUGAGACACAACGCUGAUCCGACACACAGCAACACACAGGGAUGGACAGUUUUGCAAGAGGCAGUGAGCACUGGAGACCCUGAGCUGGUGCAGCUGGUCCUUCAGUACAGAGACUUCAGAAGAGCCACAGAGAGACUGGCUGGUAUUCCUGAGCUACUGAGCAAACUGAGACAGGCACGUGAUUUCUAUGUGGAGAUGAAAUGGGAAUUUACUAGCUGGGUUCCUCUAGUGUCGAAAGUUUGUCCAAGCGACGUGUAUCGUGUAUGGAAAAGCGGUUCGUGUUUGAGGGUUGACACCACUUUAUUGGGCUUUGAGCACAUGACUUGGCUUAAGGGUCGACGCAGCUACAUCUUUAAAGGUGGAGAGAGUGGGGCCAUGGUGAUGGAGGUGGACCACGAGAAGCAGGUGGUGUAUACAGAACCACUGUCCCUGUCUCCGCGGGACGCUCCCUCUCUGCUCGCCGCCAUGCUGCCCUCACAGGAGAACACGGCCCAGAGACUCACCUCUCCUAUAGUGUCCACUCAUCUCAACACACGCAACAUUGCCUUCGAGAGAAAUAAGUCUGGGAUUUGGGGAUGGCGCUCUGAGAAGACAGAGGUUGUCAGUGGAUAUGAAGCAAAGGUUUACAGUGCCAGUAAUGUGGAGUUAGUGACACGUUCUCGGACUGAACACCUUUCUGAUCAGGACAAGUCUAGAAGUAAAGGAUCUAGAACUCCUCUACAGUCAUUUCUUGGUAUUGCUGAGCAGCACAUCUCUAGUACUGGGAGUCAGGUUUCUCAGUGCGCUAGUCCCCACAACCCAACAGCUAUCACAGCGGAGGAGUACUUCGAUGCAGAGUUUAAUCUGAACGGCAGAGAUAUUGGGCGGCCCAUUGAGCUCACCAGCAAAGUGCAGAGGUUUAAGGCCACGCUGUGGUUGAGUGAAGCUCACCCUCUCUCGCUGGCUGAACAGGUGACGCCUAUCAUUGACCUCAUGGCCAUAUCUAACGCCCACUUUGCCAAGCUGCGUGACUUUAUCACCCUACGCCUACCACCUGGCUUUCCAGUAAAGAUAGAAAUUCCUCUCUUCCACGUGUUGAAUGCUCGAGUGACGUUCAGCAAUCUCUGUGGCUGCGAUGAACCGGUCAGUUCUGUUAUUGUACAAUCUCCUCAAGGAGCCACAGAGGCCGGUCAGACACCUCCCCCUCUGCAGUGUGAAGUCGACCCGUCUGUGUUUGAGCCUCCCCCAGAAUACACCACACUUGGACCAGGCCGCAGUGAACCAAUGAGGGAUGAAGAUGAUAAUCUACUCCAGUUCGCCAUACAGCAGAGCCUGCUGGAUGCGGGAACAGAGAGUGACCAGGUGACCAUAUGGGAGGCUCUCACUAACACUCGUCCAGUUUCUCAGCCUCCGCUUUAUGAGGAGGACUCUCAGCUUGAGAGGGCAAUUCAGGAAUCUCUGUCUUUGUCACUGGCUGGAGGGGACAGUGGCGAGUCAGAUGGUGGCCAGCCGUUAUCCCCGUCUGAUCCCGCACUCAUCUCACCUCCGUGUUACAGCUCACUGACCGAGCCUCGGGCGCCGGGGGCGUUUGCUGUGGCCACCAGUUUUGAUGAACAGCUACGCAUCGCCAUGGAGCUUUCAUGCAGAGAGCAGGAGGAGUUAGAUAGGAAGAGGAGGGAAGAGGAGGAAGAGCUGGAGAGGAUACUACAGCUGUCUCUCACAGAGAAGUAACUGUAGCAGUGCUUGAUGUGGGUUUACCAGAGUAAUUUAUUGGUUGUGUUUUUUUUUUCUGCAAUGUUAAAUUAUUCUUCUUCUAGAUUCAUCGCUCUUUAUUUCUUUUCCAAAAUAAUAAAGAUGGAAUAGAAAGCGGAAUCAGAGAGAGUGUGUGUGCCAAGACUGAAACAAUUCAUAAGAGAAGAUAAAUCAAAGAGCACGGCAUGAAAAUGUGAAUGAUAUCCUCCUCAGUUCCACUGUCUUUUGAGUGAUAAAAGGUCAACUUCAACUUCAUUGUAUAAUUAUACAGAUGAAAAUGUGAAUAUAAAUUAUGAACAUUGAUGACUAUGAUAAUGCCUAAAGGUAAAGUACUGAAAAUACUAUUGCAUAAAAUAAUGAGUUUACUUAUGGUGGAUGAUAAUAACAUGAAAGUAUAAGUAUUAAAUGUUGCUCAAACACUUUCACAACAAUGAUCUCUGUUAUGACGUUUUUUGUGUGCAUGAGGAAGCGACCAUCUAACAGGCGAAGAAAUGGACCGAAACACAUAAAAUAUGUUAGCAUCACUGAUGCAAAUGGGAUUUCACACAGACCAACCAUGCAUAUGUGCAGUGUGGUUUAGCUGCAGAGUUCCUCUGUAAUGCAGUGUUUCUAUUAUUAUUCUUGUAUACCGCUGUCAUUUUGUUAUAUAAGACAGCUGAAUCAUCCAUUACAUCUGCAACAAAUCAAAAGGUACUCUCCAUUAGCUCAGUGGUUCACAAUCAAGGGGCCAGGGCCCACUCG